AUGUCUACACCAUCCAAGAAGCGAUUGAUUCGCGACUUCAAGCGUCUGUCUACGGACCCGCCUGGAGGCAUCUCGGGUGCACCAUGCGCCGACAAUCUUAUGAUCUGGAACGCUGUCAUCUUUGGCCCCGCCGAUACUCCCUUUGAAGAUGGAACGUUCAAGCUCGUCAUGACGUUUGACGAGUCGUAUCCAAACAAGCCGCCAACGGUCAAGUUCCUCUCCAAGAUGUUCCAUCCCAACGUAUAUGCCAAUGGCGAGCUGUGUCUCGACAUCCUUCAGAACCGAUGGUCGCCCACCUACGAUGUUGCGGCGAUCCUCACGAGUAUUCAAAGUCUGCUGCACGAUCCCAACCCCAACUCGCCCGCAAACGCAGAGGCCGCAAGUUUGUAUCGCGAAAACAUGAAGGAGUACGUUCGUCGUGUCAAGGCAACCGUCGAGGCAAGCUGGCUCGACGACGGCGAGAACCCAGAGCCAAUCCCCGAAGAGGACGAGGACGCACCAGCAGCCCAAGCUGCGUCAUCUUAG